AUGGCUUCAGCUUUCAUCAGAAAGGUGGUCAGAUUGCAUGGGGUACCGAAGGCAAUUGUGUCAGAUAGAGAUAAGGGUACAGUCCUGAAGAGGAGCAUUGUUUACCACCCACAGAUAGAUGGUCAAACGGAAGUGGUCAAUAUAGACCUACUUGAGAUGCUUUGUGUCAGAGACACCCAAGCUAUGGGUCAACUGGCUAUCAUGGGUGGAGUACUAGUACAACACCUCGUUUCACUCGGCUUCACAGAUGACUCCAUUCAAGGUGCUCUGAGAAGAGCCAUUGGAGAUUACACAGCCAGUUCGGAGUUACCGGCAACACUUACUGAGGACUUGAAGGUGAUUCUAGAACCCUUAGAAUUUAUUAGGGUUUGCCAGAAAGAAUAUGGAGCUAAAGAAGUGUUAAUCAAGUGGAAGAAUCUGCCUGACUAUGAUGCCAUGUGGGAACCAUACGAGAGAGUGAAACACCAGUUUCCUAGUUUUCACCUUGAGGACAAGGUCUUAUUUUUGAUGUACCACUAUUUUGCUGCCACGGAGAUAUACAACGCAAUACGUGUGUUCAUUGCUGCCUAUGUCUGGAUGACUGGAUUCGGGAACUUCUCUUACUAUUAUAUAAGGAAGGAUUUUAGUCUUGCACGAUUUGCUCAGAUGAUGUGGCGUCUAAAUUUCUUUGUGAUAUUUUGUUGCAUCGUCCUCAACAAUGAUUACAUGCUAUAUUAUAUCUGCCCAAUGCAUACGCUCUUCACAGUCAUGGUAUACGUGACGCUUGGUAUCUUCAACAAAUACAAUGAGAUUGGGUCAGUGAUGGCUGUGAAGAUCAUGUCCUGUUUUUUGGUGGUGUUCUUGAUUUGGGAAGUUCCUGGGGUUUUUUAUCUUCUUUGGAGCCCCUUCACCUUCUUUUUAGGGUAUAAAGAUCCAGAGCCUUCUAAGGCGAACCUCCCUCUUUUGCAUGAGUGGCAUUUCAGAUCCGGACUUGAUCGCUACAUCUGGAUCAUAGGAAUGAUAUAUGCUUACUACCAUCCAAAUGUUGAAAGAUGGAUGGAAAAAGUUGAAGAAGCUGAAGCCAAACUCAGGUUCUCAAUUAAAACAUGUAUAAUUGCAGUUAGUUUGAUGGUUGGUUUUUUGUGGUACGAGUACAUUUACAAACUAGAUAAAGUUAGUUACAAUAAGUAUCAUCCCUAUACGUCAUGGAUCCCAAUCACUGUUUAUAUUUGCUUGCGAAAUGCAACCCAGCAGUUGCGAAAUUAUUCCUUGACUCUUUUUGCGUGGCUUGGCAAGAUCACGCUUGAGACAUAUAUCUCUCAGAUCCAUAUUUGGCUUCGGUGAGAAUGGAGUUUGACAUUUAUAAAAUGUUUUUUUU